ACGCUGCUGUCUGGUUCUUCUGCAGACCGAUCAUGCUGGAGUGCGGGAUGUCGGAUCGGGACCGGCAGGCUCUGAAGAGACGUUCAGCGGAUCUCUGCAAGCAGCUGGUGGUGGACGAGCUGCUGGUCCAGUCGCUGCAGGCCGACAGCAUCCUGACGGAGAGCAUGGCAGAGAGCAUCCUGGCAGAACAAACGUCUCAGAAACGCAGCUGGCGUUUGCUUCUUCUUCUACCGAAGCGAGGACCUCGAGCCUUCAGCAGCUUCAUCUCGGCUUUAAAAGAAACCGAACAGCAGCACCUGAGUGACCUCCUGACAGAAUCACCAGAGAGAGACGCCGAUAAUCUUCAUCCUGAGGAAGAACCGGAGGGAAAGUCGGGACAACUGAUCAUGGAGAGGACAGAGAAGAAGAGAGAGAGGGUUGGGGGUUCUUCUCUUCCACUUCCAACUCAGGAGGAAGUUUCAGUGAAGUGACAGAGGACUCAUGCAGAGUCCAUGGAGUUCAGUCUGGAUGCCGACAGUCCCAUCAACACUCCCGUUCUCCCCUGCACUCCUGACUUUUACCUCUCUCGCUGCCAGCAGUCCUACAGAAUGAACUCGUCUCCUCGUGGCUUCGCUCUGGUCAUCAGUAACGUGACCUUCGACUCUCACGCUGCCUCUGACCUGGACCCCAGGAAGGGAGGUGAGGUGGACGACGAGGUCCUCAGGAAGCUCUUCACAGAGCUGGACUACCGGGUGACUGUCCACAGAGACCUCACUGCUCAGGGCAUGAGGAACUCCAUUGAGGAAUUCUGCAGAUGUCUGGGGCACCAAACGGUGGACAGCUGUGUGGUGUGUUUGCUUUCUCACGGAGUAGACGGAGCCGUUUAUGGGACAGACGGACAGCUGCUGCAGCUGGACUGGGUGUUUAAGUCCUUCGACAACGCUCACUGUCUGCUGCUGCAGAACAAACCAAAGAUGUUCUUCAUCCAGGCCUGCAGAGGAGAGGAGAUGGACUGUGGCGUGGAGCAGAUGGACGGACCGGUGAGGACCAGUUCUCCCAGCUGUGAGCAGCGGGACGCUGGGAGGGAAGGGCAGGGAGAGUCCCAGCAGAGAGGAGCUCUGGGGAUCAAACCGAGGAUCAAACUGCCCCAAAGGUCCGACAUGAUCUGUGGCUUCGCUUCACUCAAAGGUCAGACAAUUUGCACAGCAGCGAUGAGGAACACCAAGAGAGGAUCCUGGUUUAUCCAGGAGCUCAACUCUGCUCUCCGCCUCCGCUCCAGAGACACUCACCUGGCCGACAUCCUGGUGCAGGUGAACGCUCGUAUAAAGGAGAGGGAAGGCUACGCUCCGGGAACCGCCCACCAUCGCUGCAAAGAGAUGUCGGAGUUCACCAGCUCGCUGCGCAAAGACGUCUACCUGUUCCCCAAGUACCAGCCCCAGUAUUAGAAAACAAAUAUGCACACAGACCAUUCCUCAGAUGACUGCCACACAUUCCCUGUUACCAACCACAGACACACAGAUCCAGCAGAGGGAAGCUUCAUCUACACGGGACUUAUUAGCAUACAGUGUCCUCAUGUGUGUGUGUGUGUGUGUGUGUGUGUGUGUGUGUGUCUGUGUCAAUGCCAGUUAGAGUGUUUACUCGCUAAUCCCUCCCAGGUCUCUCUUUUUAAGAUGUAUUUUCUACACACAUCUAUUUUUGUGGCUUUUAUUUUGUAUGGAAAUUGUUUUUUUAUAAGUAUUUUUAUGCCUCUUCUUUUUACCUGUACAUAAUGAUCAUUCCCUGUUGUCACUACAGUGACAGGCAGGGGGCAGCAGAGCAGAGUUUAACACAUUUCAGCACCUCCUAUGUUAUUCGUCAAAAUGAGCUUUAUUGCGACAGAAGUUACAGAUUUAUCAGGUGUUAGACGAAUCAUUCGAUUUAUAAAAGAGGGGAAACGGCUACAGGGCAGCUUUAAGUGAUUAUUUAAGUGUUCGGAUCGUUUGUUUUUCUUGGUCGGGACAUCCAGAGUUCCCCCUGCUCCUGUGGUGAUGGUGGUAGGCCGGACACGGUGCUACAUGUAGGGUUUGAGCUUUACUAACUCUAGUGUUUCUUCCUGAGUCAUAUUUUACUGUAGCCGCUACAGUAAGUUUAAAGAAGAAGUCUUCCACACCGAUAUGCCAUGUGAGGAUGAUCUGGAGGAUGAAUUUAUGACCAUGGCGGUGCUUCCUCGGUGUAUUUUGUUCGUUUGGCACAAAGAAAUUUAUCUCUCGAGACUCCGACGGUUCCCAGAAAAGCCCCGCGUGAAUUUACAGCAGUGUUGUAGAGACGGAAACAGUGUUGAUGCUGAGGGAGGUGGAGGCAGAAGAGUUUAUCCCUGCUCUCUUCUUAUACCAGGGGUGUCAAACUCAUUCUAGUUCAGGUUCCACAUUCAGCCCAGUUUUAUCUCCGGUGGGUCGGACCAAUAAAAUCACAGCAUAAUAACCUAUAAGUAAUCACAACUCCACAUUUUUCCCUUUGUUUUAGUGCAAAAAUGUAUGUGCUGAAAAUGUCACAUUUAAGGAAUUGUUUUUGUUUUUUUAAAAAAAAAAACAAUAUAAACAAGCUGAAGUUUUUUAAGAAUAAUAAGUUCAGUUUCAAUAACAUAAUGCCUUAGUUUAUCAUUUACGCAUUAAAAACUACAGAUAGCAGAGUGUCUACAAAGGAACACAACAUUUAGUCAUCUGGAACUAACUGAUACAGUAUUUUAUUUAUGAUCAAAAUGACAAAAGUCAGACAAAGAACAACCAAGAUAAGAUAUUACAAAAACAAGACACAAAACGACAACAGUGAGAAACAAGAUGACAAAAAAAUGACACAAACGACAUGAAGCUAAACAGAAAAGAGACAAAAAGACAAAAAAGUUACAAAAUGACAAAAAAAUGGACAAACAACAAAAAUGAGACAAAAAAUGACACAAAUGAUACACAAAAUAACGAGUAAAGCAAAACACAAUGUCAAAAAUAAGCCAAAAAACACAAGAGAGACAAAAAAGAAACACAAAAUGAUAAAAACAUGAGACAAGUGACAAAAGUCAGACAAUAAACAACAAAAGCAAGACAAAAUAUUACAAAAAUGAGACACAAAAUGACAAAAAAAUUGACAAACAACGCAAGUGAGACAAAAAAGACACACAAAACGACAAAAACAUGAGAGAAGCAACAAAAGUUAGACAAAAAAGACAAAAAACUAAAGUGGGAACUAUAAAGAAAGAAGAUUAAGUUGUCUUCCGGCUGGAUUGGACCCUCUGGAGGGCCGGUUUUGGCCCUCGGGCCGCGUGUUUGACACCCCUGUGUUAUGGUUUUUAGAAUUAAACUCAAUUUAAAAAGAGAAAAAUGCUGAAGCGGUAUUAAAGCAGAGUUUUUCUGCAGUAUGAGGGGUUUAGAAGGUCCAUAUCUGCUGCCAGGUUCUGUUCAGGAGGCGUGGAAGGAUUUUAUUUUCUGUCAAUGACUGCCAAAUGUUCUUCACAAUAAAUGGACCGUGAGUUUUAAACAA